AUGAGGUUCGCGGAGCUCCUAGCCGUCCCCGCCGCGGCCCUCCCCCUCGCUCACAGCGGCAAUGCCAUCCUGGCUAACCACCGCCGGGCGGCCUCGACCAUCACCGGCGACCCGACCAAGACGUACCAGACCAUGGACGGCGCGCCCAGCCUGAUCACCCACAUGGGGGGACAAGGCCGAGACAGCGGUCGGUCGCUGCUGGACCUGCUCUUCAACAUGGCUGUCGCCACCGGCUUCUGCAUCGUAAGCGGUGGGAGGGAGGGUAGCGGCGCGGUCUAUCACUACUUUUCAUAUUCAGGGGCCGGCGGCGGUUCCGGCUGGGAGGGUUUGAGAAAGUGA